AUGUCUCAGACUUCUCCCUCAAAGAACACUACUCCUCGCUCUGAAACUGCAUCCAACUCUAGGGCGCCAAAUAUGGUAGGUGAUCAGGAUGUUGUACUGGAUGUUGUGCCAUUGAACUCGGUCCCAGUCAUUGAUCCUGUUGGUAGUAUACCAAGAAAGAUGCAUGCAAGAAAAUCAACUGGUGGGUCUAUUCCAGAAAUGUUCUCUGCUAGGGAUAAAGAAGGGUCUGCUUAUGUCCACAAUGCAAUCGCUGGCAUUGUCACAAGAAUCUUGAAUGAAGGUCACAAGGUAGAAGGAAUAUCUGUCCCUUUAGCCCAAGCUCCUGCUCCUGAGAAGAGCAAAGAUAAUCAGGUUGAUGCUAGCAAGGAUCAUGUUGAUGUUGAGACAUCUGAAACCAACACUGUUGAAGGCUCUGAUGCUAAAAAUGUUGAAGCAUCUGGAGAUAAAGAUGCGGAGAUUCUUGAAACAGAGAAAGCUGAAGAGGUCACUGCUGCUACUUCUCCUAAAGAGAAGCCUACUCGCCCUACUGACAAUACAAAUGAUGUGGUGGAUCUGGAUAAUCUUGAUGAUCCUAUUGACAUUGCUGAUGAUGACCUCAUCUCCAGCAUCUCCAACAGAGUCAAGGCUCGAAGGGGAAAGCAGGUUGAUGAUCAACAUCCUCCCAAGACAAAGGUUGCUCCUCUAAAGAAUGCCACCAAAGAAAAGAUCAAGAAGGUCUCUGCUGAGCCUUCAAGAACUGGGAGCAAGGUUGCUGUGAAGAAGAGAAAAGAAAGAAGUGUUUCUGACUCCGAAGACAAUGUCCUAAGUGAUUUCCCUGACAUCCCUUCAAAGAAGAAGAUUGUUGUCACAAAAUCCUCCACAAAGGUCCGUGAUGUUCCCUUGGACAACAUUUAUCUGCACUAUGCUUCAAAUGUUAUCCAAUGGAAGUUUGUUUAUCAAAGAAGGAUGGCUCUGGAAAGAGAACUUGCAAAUGAUGCUCUGGAAUGUCAAGAGGUCAUGAAGCUCAUCAAAUCUGCAGGUUUGCUUAAAACUGUUACUCAUUUUUCUAAAUGCUAUGAAAUGCUCGUGAAGGAAUUUAUAGUGAAUUUGUCUCAAGAUUGUGCUGAUGGAAGAACUGAGGAUUUUCAUAAGGUGUAUGUUAGAAGAAAAUGUAUAGAUUUUUCCCCUACUGUUAUCAACCUCUAUCUAGGUAGAGAUGCUGAGGCUCAACCUGAGCUUGAAGUGACUGACAAUGAAGUAUGCAAAGUUAUCACUGGUGGUAAGGUUAAAAAAUGGGUGCUGCAAACUGGGUGCCUACCAAUCACACUUCUACCAUUGUUGUUGGCCUAG